AUCGAAAACAUGUGCGGGCGUGUUCACUUUGACACGAGUGGAGUGUGCCGUUUAAUCUGACUAGGCACAAACGGUAGCACAUGGCCAUCGUUCGGGAAAGAACAGAAAAAGAUUGCUGUUGCUGCUAUUGUCAUACGUCUCAAUAACCCUUUCGGGCUUUUGUCGACUCGUAAGAGAUUGACCUUUGGUCAUACGCUGUGAGUACUUGGGUAGGCCUACUCAUUCGCUCCUUCUUUGUUUAGACCCUUCUUAUUCCACGCGUGCUCGCUAUUCCUACUUACAAUCCUUUCACGCGUAUGCCUAAAGGCUUCUGCUAAGAAGACAAGCGCGUGCACCGCUAUUCGCCAGAACGAAAGCACCCGUGGCCUGAGCAAAGUGGCCGCUCGUCUUGGAGACGAAGCAGUAUUUUGACACUGCAUUUGCGCUAUAGCGGUAGCGGGACGAACGUCGAGUCGCCAAUUUUGAUUGACAUUCUGGCUAACGACGAUGCGUUUUUAUCCGCCGUAUCAAGGCAAGGUAGCGUUCUUCCUGCCAAUGGCAGCAUAAAUGGCGUUAUGAGCAGGAGCACGUUAUAAAAAGCGAACGUGUACUUAACCAGUGGACAAGCAACUGAAAAUUCGAACGACGAAGGAGCUGGUUCAUAAACGCAAAGAUCCAUUCACGCAUUCAUAUUGAAUAGGGACAGAUGGCCAAGAACGAUACCAGUGAAACCGUUUGAAUAAUCAGGCGACAAUAGAAAGGGACCUAAGAACAGGAACAGAGUACAACUAAGUCUCUAGCAGUGCCCGCAAGACACUACUCGAACCGCCUGUGCUGUUACAACGCAUAAAAAAACAAGUUUCCCACGACGAAGUGAUUGUUCGUCUCGUAUCAAUGUAGGACGCGGGCCGCCAGUGACGAGGCAGUGUACAUUUGACGUCAGCGUAUUGCGUAAACGCUUGUCGUGCCGUGGAGAAGAACCGUUUUCAUCGAACAAUGGCUUCGCAAAAUGAAGAGGUUUUCCAUCCGCUUGUAACACAAUAAGGCAUUCUGGGCAGGCAGUAGCUGUGAUCGAUCAGCAUGACGGUGAUAGGUGGCGCUGUUAUGAUGACGAGCCCAGCAAUGUGAGAUUGUGCCGAAUCAAAUAUUGAUAUGACCAAAUGCGUAUGACAGCGGCAACAAACUUUUGCAGUUAUUCUGUGUUCGCGUAGAAUCGGCUGAGCGUAUCAGCGGCCAUUGCAAUAUAAUAAAUUUGUGUCUUGCUUUCUCUGUCAGUGUUCUACGUUGGGGAUGUGAAUAAUGGCGUGUGUUUAACUGAUGUUGUCGUUUUUGGUAAAUGUGUGGCAAAAGGCCAACAACAAUGUGACAGCUAAUUGAUUACAGUAUCGUCCUGCAAAGCAAUGGAUGCGAUGGAUAGCCCAACUAUAGAACAGGGAUAUUCUGUUCGGUGCAAAGGCAACUCUACGUCAAGGACGGGCUAAACUUGGCAGGGGGUGUGGGGGUCCCAGUCUCUUGGUAUAUUGUCGAACGUUUCCAACGCAGUCUGGUGCAAGAAGGGCGGUCUGUUCCUUAACAUUUCACCAGGUGGCCGAGUGGCCACAAGAAUGGCGAGAUAUGGCCAUCGGUCCGGCGGAUGCUGCUGGAGGCUACCUGUCCUACAAAGCCUAAUCGUCUAUUUAGUUAUCUUGCAUAAGCAAAGUAGUCGCAGUGAUGGAAGCCACGGCUUGGUAAGCGCCUGGCCGCUCGAGGAAGAUGAACUCACAGCCUUUUCUACUCCCCGGUCCAACUCUGAAGUUGCGUCUUUUGGCUUGAACAGUCUUCAGAACAGCGAAGAACAUGGAGAAGACGAUCGCUAUGGAAGCCAUCUGGAAGAUGAAGUUUUCAAGAAAUUGUGGCUAGAAGAUACACACCUGUACCCCGUCUCCUGCAGUGAGGCUUCGAGGUUAUCGUCAUCUAUAAAGAAACCUAACGAUGAACCACGAGUGACAAUUACGGGGGUACUAGGUGGUCAAGUCGGUCUUCCCUGUAACAUACAGCCCAACUCGUCAGAUGACGAAGUCUCACUGGUGUUGUGGUACAAAGAUGAUUCGACUACGCCGAUCUAUUCACUUGACUCGCGUAAGACAACACUCAGAAACGCACAUCAUUCACCGGCCCACUGGCUAGCUGGACGGGCGUACCUACAAGCUAUAACCAGUGGUACUUCAAGUUCGACGCACCACGACGUGCUGCUUUUGCAUGACAGCAAAAAUGGAGGCUCUUCCGAUGAAAACGUAUCGACCACCUUUUCGAGAGGCCUUCGAGGCGACGCCAGUACGACAAGCAGCCUUGUUACAAUUAACAACGGCGCGACGGUGAAUGGCAUGAUCCAGGGACCUCCCAGCCCAUCAGUGUUGACACUGGAUCCAUUGGAGAAAGAAGAUGAAGCCCUUUACCGAUGUCGGGUCGACUUCAAGCGAGCUCGGACGCGAAAUUAUGAAGUACAACUGGUUGUCAUUGUUCCUCCGUCUCGUAUCACAGUGACAGAUCAUCGUGGUGCGGUCCUGGCGGACAAACAGGUCAUCGGACCCUAUAACGAGGGCGAGAAGGUAGUACUAAAGUGCCAAGCACAUGGAGGUAACCCCCCUCCAGUAGUUACAUGGUAUCGACGUCUACCUCCCAUCGGAGGUUUAGGCGGUACAGCCUCACGAGCAAGCCAGCAAUCACGUGCGCUUGACGUAGAGUCUAAGGCGAGUCAUUCCUCGGAGUAUCCAAGUAAUUUGGAAGAAUUCGGUUCGAAAAUAGCGACGUCGCCUGCAUAUUCUUAUCGGGAAUUACACGGCAGGCCAGGUUCCUCAAGUCGAGGAGCUAUAUCCAAUACUGUGGAUCUUGUGCUGCCUCUUCUCAGUCGCGAACACCUGCUUUCGUCGUAUUCAUGUGUGGCUUUGAACAAUAAUAUUUCAAAGCCGCUCGUCUCGUCAGUUAUCCUCGACAUACAUUUUCGUCCACAACGUGUAUGGAUUUCGGGUGGUUUCUCGACGGCAGCUGUCAGUGGCUCGGCUGUGCUCCAAGCGGGUGUACCAGCUACGUUUCAGUGUUCUUCGUCGGGGUCAAGGCCGCGAGCGGUAAUCCAAUGGUUCAAAGGUGGAGAGCGGCUUAAUGCUACAACCGACUCAGCAAGUCCGUCAACAAGCUUAGCCUUAUCAUUGUCGAAAUCAUUGUCGCGUCCCGCUAGAGGUGGUUAUACCCUCCUACGACAGUUCCGCUCUCAACGGAGUCUAAAAAACGCGGAUCGGCCCCCGGGAACGGGUCCGAGAACAGCGGGGAAUGGGACGCCUUCAUCAGGGAAUUGGCACACGUCAACAGUCGAAUUUGUUCCGAGUCCAGAGGAUGACGGCAAGACUCUUACGUGCCGAGCGCACAAUCCCGCCAUGCCAAGCAGCCACUACGGCCGCACCGCAGCGACAUCUUCUUCCUCAUCGUCAUUCCAUUUGGGGCCGACGGGGAUUUCAGGGGAGACGAAUUCGGAUGGAGCAGCAAAUAGUAUGGCGAGCCAUACAGCCUCCCAUCACCCCGCUAGAUCUUCUAAUACGCCAAUCAACGCCAUCGACGAUGGCAUUAAAUUGCACGUACAAUAUGUGCCUCAGUUGACGGUGCGUUUAGGCAAGAAGCUACGACACUCACAUAUUCGCGAAGGUAGCGACGUGUUCCUGGAGUGCGACGUCAAAGCGAAUCCGUCAAUUAUUGAAAUGGGUUGGCGGUUCGAGGGAAAGGAGCUCACUCCGAAGAGUGAAAGUGUCCGCGGCAAAAAAGGAAUCAUUAUAUCUGAACAUUCACUUGUUCUUCAGAACGUAACAAGGCACAAUCGUGGUCGAUACACAUGCACAGGUACCAAUGCAGCAGGUCAAGGCGAAAGUCCUGCUUUCCAGCUGCGCGUCAAAUAUGAGCCCCGGUGUGUGCCAGGCCAACGUCAGGUGUACGAUGCAGCCAAACACGAAGCCGUUCGAUUGAGUUGUGAGUUAGAGUCGGACCCCGAAGAGGUGACGUUCAAAUGGAAGACGCGUAACUCGAAGAGCGUAAUCUCGUCUGCCCCUUCCCCGCUGUUUGACGAGGACAAAUUAUUUUCCGAAUCAUCUGUUGUCGGUGCCACAGCUGGCAACAAUCAGGGUUGGGACCAGCAUGGCACGGUGCAUUCGGAGGGCACCCGAAGCUGGCUAACGUUGGUUCCUCGCACAGAAGAGGAUUAUGGAACGGUUAUCUGUUGGGGCCGUAACUCAAUGGGCGUGCAGAAGGAACCAUGUGUGUUCACGCUAAUCCCUGCCGGCCCCCCGGGUCCCGUGCACAACUGUAGUGUGGCCAAGAAAAGCGAAGACUCUAUUACUAUUCAGUGUCACGAAGGUUACGAUGGCGGCGCUGAAUCCGGCCAGCGUUUUUACAUGGAGGUUCACGACUCGGUCAACCAAAACCGUGUGCUUAUUGCCAACAUAUCAAGCAUGGGGAUGGACGCCAAACCAGUGCUGACCGCAGAUGGCUUGUCGCCCUCAACUUCGUAUGUGUGCACCGUGUACGCGGCGAACGAGAGGGGUGCAAGUCAACCAACGAUUCUUAUCGCAUCGACGAUACCUCGACCACUUAGUUUGUCAGCGAAAGGUGGCUCGCUAUUACAUCUGCUCGAUUUGGGCCGGUUCAGCCCGUCGAAAAACCCAGUAACUCUGGUUAUUGCGUUUAUCGUGCUUACCGCAAUUAUCGCCACUCUAGUACUCAUCGCGCUACUUAUGCGACGGGCAGCUCGUACCAGCUGUCUAAUCAAAGGAGGAAGGGGCAACAAUAACAACAACAACAACAAAAAAAAGUGCGAAAGGAUUGAAAAAAACGAUGAGGAUGAGUCCGCCGUUCCUCUUCGGGACUCAAUUAAGGAACGCGAACAGAUUACUGACCUCAGAAAUUUGGCCGAAGACAUCGAAAAUGACAGCAUGUGUCCCGAUAUCAUUCCGGAGACGGCGAAAUUGACGAGCAGCAGCCAAACGGACUCGUCUUCAGUUGCUUUUGUUGAAAGUAGCUUCAUUGCGAAACGUUCUCCGACUUCACCAACGGGUGCCGUUAGUCCAAUGCGCAACGUCGUUCUGCCGCAACAUAACCAGAAGAGCGUUGUUGGCAAUGCGACCGGAACCACAACUCUUCGGUCGCCGAGAUCAAGUUUGGCCGACUGCUGGCCAAACAAUAAAGCACAUCACUGGCCAGUUCGGCAGGGCGAUAUAGGCUUUUGUAAUAGCCCAAAGCGAGGCUCAUGGGAUCUCGCAAAUGAACAGCGAUCGCGGAAUUCUUUGCCCUCGUCCAUAUCAUACCAGCACGUGGCGACGUUACCUCGACGCACAACACUUCACUACAAUCAGAAUGAGGGUCCUCCAAUGGCACAGGCUGUCGCCGCAGGACGGACACACGGGUCGACGAAAAACGUCACCUUUGAUAUGACGCCCGUCACGCACCCCUACGCGUGGGUUGAUGGCGGAUGUUCGCUAAUCUUGCCACGGGGCUUCCAUAAAAGCCCUCGGGGAGACUCUAGUGGCAGCCACCAGAUGACGGCCAUCGUGGCAAAACGCAAGGACAAUGCAGGUUUCAACGCCGCCAAUUCGACUGCAAUCGGAGAUCAUUUCGAUGACCCCAAUAGUGGCGGUGGCUUGUCGAGGAGCGAACAUGCCUCAAGCAGAAUAUAUCGAAGUGAUCUCCAUGUUAGCCGCGCUAAGCUUCAGUUACUCACAUUGGCUGAGCCCCAACGGCCAGCUCUGCUCAAACCAGCGCUGCUGCAGACGACGGCCAGUGCUCCAACCACCAACAACAACAACAACAACAACAAAAGUAACAACGCACCAAUGCCCACACAAGCAUUAAUGUCAACAACAGGAGUAACGAAGUCGACCACAAGAACAACAGUAGCAGCGCUUCCGCCAACAUCGACUUCACUUUCAUUCGCAAGACUGGCGACGUCGACAACGCUGUCGAUCAGCUCCAGGUUACAACCGCAGAAAAGAGAGCAGUCUGCGGAAGUGGCAACAACGAUAUUGAAACCCGACAGCAUCAACGGCGGAACUGUGGGAGCGGUCAUCAGAGCACCGUUGGCUAACAGGGACGAGGGACAACUAUGAGUUCCUUUUUCUUUAUCUUGGUCCUCUAUUUCCUUGUUCUCCGAUCUCGUUUUGCUACGAGUCCCUCGUUCUGCAGGCAUUACCAGCAGCAGCAGCAGCAGCAGCUUUCGCCUUCAUCAUGUCCUUUUACCUUUGGUGACAUCAUCUAGUUAACCCGUAGGACAAAGUCCCCAACGUUUAUGCUCGCAGCAUAUAGGAGGUUAAUUUUAUUUAGUCGCUACUGAACCUUCUACUAAAUAAAAUAAAGCGCCUUUUUGCCUUCCCUUUGUUGAUAGAAUUUUCGAAGUUGCUAUGCCCAAAAUGCCAGUUCGGCGCUUGCUCAAACGGAUCUUCGGGUACGCCAUAGGCUUCGGCCCACAACACGAAAAUAACAAAUCGUUGCUAACCGAAUUAUACCAACAUGGUAGCAGAGAAAAGACUACCGAUUUUCCUAGUGUGACUUUUUUGAUUUACAUGUAUUCCAGAUGUCCGAACAUUGUGAAUAAGACAGUGCGGCGUGACAGAAUAACGUCGAUGCUACGUGUACAUACUAUAUAAGUCCACUCAGUCUGAAAGAAGAACUGGGAAAUAGUGUUAACAAAGAAUCCUUCAAAGUUAAAAAAAAAAAACCGUUUAGCAGCUGCUUGGUAAGCUGCCUGUAUCGACUCACCUCAAUUUUCAGUAUUUCGAAUUUUCAUUAUUUUUUGCCAUUAAAUAUAAAACCUCAAAGUAGCGAUCGCGAAUAGUUGAAAAUGAAAGAUGCUGUACAUUGCGCAUUCAUGUAAAAAAAAAAGACGAAGAGGUUGUUGAACGGUUGAAAAAAUGCCCAGUUUUUUUUCUGAUCGAGAAAAUUUGAAUAAAAUUUUACCCGUGGAAUGAAUGUUUAUCAGAAAAAAAAAAAAUUUCAACAAGACACAGACGUCUUGUGUAACAGGUAUUCGCGCAUAGAUGUAUUGUGUUGAAAAAGUUAUAUAUAUAUAUAUAUAUUCUGUAAUGGUAAGUGGGAGAAGUAAGCCCGUUCAGUGUGUCGCUUUCAGUGGCAAGGUAAUAGUAAAAUGGUGCAUCGAGCUAAUGAACGUUUAAUUAGAAAAAAAAACUACAUUGCUGCUCCAUAAAAACGAGAUGCGAUGUUUCAUUUGUUGGUAGUUUUGUCUGGUCUCGGCUCGGUUCUUUUUGCAUUAAUUAGACUGAUAUAUAUAUAUAUAGUCUUGCAAGUUCAUUUAAAAGAACCGUACCACAAAGAUUUGUUGCUUUUUGCUAGCCUAAGAGCCAUAAAAGACGGGUCGAGAACUCCUUUUUUCAGCAAUAUUUUAUGGUACAUUCAUAAGAAGAAUGCAUAAAGUAAUUUGUAUUAUAAGCCUAAUUCAUAUCUAACUCUAGACAGAUCCGUAAAUAAAACACGUUCAUAUUCAUCCACUGGCUCGAGAUCAAGCAAGUAUACGGUUCAGCCAGUUGAAUAACUAUUGAGAUAAGCAACAUUUUAUGUGUCCCUUGGGAAACAUACAAACCGAUAAGCAUAUUUGUUGUGUUUUUUAGAAGAACGGAAGUGGAUUAUUUAUUAUACACAUAUGAAUUAAGAAUGAUAUGUACUUAAAGAGACAGCUGCAAACGCAUUAGAUAAUCGAAUAAGGAACGAAACAUAUUUUUAUGAUGGAGUUAGUUAUACACACCUGUAUAUACUUUUAUCUUUAUUUUAAUUUUAAUAACAAAAACAAUGAAAAAUAACAAUAGUUGCAAACCAAUUUAGUGUUAAUAAAAUGGACAGA